AUGUUUCCAUUUCUUAGUUCUCCCGUAAAAAUAUAUAGUAAUCCAGAAACUGUAAAAAUUAAUGUUCGAGGCAAAGAGACCGAAGAAAUUAAAUUGCUUGAUUAUAUUUCGGAAAAAUGUCCUUCUCUUGUAGGCAAAAAUGCAGUGUAUUAUCCUACUUUAUGGCUUCCAAGUGGACACUUGCAAAGUGCUUAUGCUGCCUUCGCAAACUUUGAGGGAAUUCAUUUAAUCAACUAUGAAAGGAAAUUCGUAGAAACGCCUGAUGGCGGUCAGAUCGCUGUUGAUUGGACUCCUCCAAUAUCUCAAAAACCUUUUGAUAAUACACCGACAAUUGUUGUAUUGCAUGGAUUAACUGGAGGUGAAAAAAGAUCAAAACAAAUUUUAGAAACAAUCGAAGAUGAUACUUCUUCAAGUGAAGGAAGUACAGCUGUUGAUA